GUUUGUAGACUUGCUCUGUGGUUUGUAGUCUUUGUCCCUUUUUGACAGGCGACAGCAGCAAUUAUUGGUCUUGAAAAAUUUCGUAAAAUAAUCUAAAGUUUAUUUAAAAUGUCUUCGAAGGCUCUUGCUGUUCCAUUAAUUCGACACGUUGCGACAAGGGGAUAUGCUCAUGCUGCCCCAGCGGUCAGUGAGGCUCGCGUUAAGUCGAAUGUUUUACCCAAUAAAACACUAAUUGCUGCAGUAGACAAUGGAUCACCUAUUACAAGAGUGACCAUAGCCUUCAAGGCUGGUUCUCGAUAUGAGCCACAAACUGAAUUGGGUGUUGCCCAUGUUCUUCGAUCAGCUGCUGGCCUCAGUACCAAAAACGCCAGUGGAUUUAUGAUUUCCCGUAAAUUAUCUCAAAUUGGAGCCUCAUUCUCUGCUUCUGGUGACAGAGAGUUCAUCUACUACACUCUUGAAGCCACACAGGAAAACUUGGAUGUUGCUCUUGAGUACCUGAACAACAUUGUUUCCAACCAAGAGUUUAGACCUUGGGAACUCAGUGACAAUGUUCCACGAUUGAAAUAUGAGAUUGCUGCCCUGUCACCACAGGUGCGUGCUGUGGACCUCCUCCACAAGGCUGCAUACCGCCGUGGUCUUGGAAACUCCCUAUUUGUCUCUCCAAAGAGAAUUGGUAGCAUCAGCUCUGAGUCUGUGCAACACUUUGCUGGUAGCACACUGUCCCCAAGCCGAUGUGCUAUCGUUGUUGUUGGCAACAAUCAGGAAAAAGCCAGCAUUGUUGCUCAAGGUCUUCAGUUGCCUUCAUCUGGCCAAGCAGCAAAUGAACAAUCCACUUACCAUGGUGGUGAGAUGAGGAAAGAAAUGGGUGGUGAUUUAGCUCAUGUAGCUCUCGCUGUCCAAGGUGCACCGGCUGGUUCUAAACAAAGCCUGGCUCUUGCCGUUGCUGCUAAGGCUCUUGGCAAUGGUCCAGUGACAAAAUGGGGAAGCGACAACUCCCCACUAGCUAAGGCGAUCGGCAAUGUUGGUCCUUUCGCGGCCGCCGGCUUCAAUGUUUCAUACUCCGACAAUGGAUUAUUUGGAGUCAUGCUUUCCGUCCCCAAGGAUGAGGCCAACGCUGCUGUCAAAGCAGUAGGCCAGUUCCUCAAGAACCCAUCUCUGUCAGCUGACGCCAUCAAGGCCGGCAAGAACCAGCUUAAACUCCAAGUAUUGAGUGAAGCCGACCAAGGCUCCCUCCUCGUAGAGUCUUUGGCGGCGCAAGGCCUGUACACAGGAAUUGUUAAGUCCCCCAUUGAGUUGGCUGCUGAGAUUGACCAGAUUUCCAACAGUGAUGUAUCACAGGCCCUUUCAAAUGCAACAAGGAACAAGAUGUCCAUGGGAGCUGCUGGCAACCUUGCAUUUGUGCCAUAUGUGGAUGAACUUUAAAUUUUAGAUUGAUAUAGAUGAAUUUUUUAUGUUGGACAUAUUCUCAUAACUUUAGAGAACCACCAAACAGUUAUGUACAAUAUUAUGUUAAUUUAUUGUUGAUUAAAUGAUUAUCAAAGUA